AUGGCCAAUAGGUUCAGCCCCCAUUAUACUUGGUUUUUGUAUGCUUUCACUUGGUUGGUCGGAAACCUUUGCAAUCUUCAUUCGACCGUAAGCAUUCAUUUUGCGAGACGAAAAGUUGUAGGAAAUGAUGCAGAUUUUUACAAGGAAGGUAUUCCACCUGAUCAGCAACGUUUGAUCUUUGCUGGCAAGCAACUUGAAGACGGUCGCACGCUGUCGGACUAUAAUAUCCAGAAGGAGUCGACGCUUCACCUGGUCCUACGUCUACGUGGUGGUGCUAUUGAGCCUACGCUUGCUGCUUUAGCCAAGAAGACAAACUGUGAAAAGCAGAUUUGCCGUAUUUGCUACGCACGUCUCCCGCCUCGUGCCACGAACUGCCGCAAGAAGAAAUGUGGUCACAGCAACCAGCUGCGUAUUAAGAAGAAACUCAAGUAA